UCAGGACGGCGCUCGCCCGGCCUGUGACGGCCCCGCUCACCGCCGGCGGGGCCCGGCCCCCUUCGCGCAGACCCGGCGGGCCGCGGGGGCGGGGCGGGGCCGUCCUCUCGCGAGCGCUGGCCCGUGCUCGCGCCGUGCCCUUGCGGCGCCAUGGCGGGCUACUGGGACGGCCCCGAGGGCGAGGACUGCCCGCGCCGCGCCUGGCUGACCACCCGCGUGGGCGCCGCCGCGGGCUUGGUCGGGACGGCCUACCGCAUCAUCCUGCAGCAGCCCCACUCGGCACUGGCCGCCUUGCAGAUGGCCGCCGCGGACAGCGUCACCAUGGCUACACUGGGAGCCGUGUUUGGCGUAACUACCUGCCUCAGUGCCCAAAUCCGAGAGGAACCAGAUGAUCCCUUGAACUAUUUCAUAGGAGGCUGUGCGACGGGAGCUGUCUUAGGUGCAAGAGCGCACAGUUACAUGACGGGUACCACUGCCUGUUUGGGGUUUGGCAUUACCGCUGCCCUCAUGAAGAUAGGUAACAAGGAGGGCUGGAGGCUGACGGGACCUCCCAAGCUGUGAAUGAGCCUUUCCUCCCUGCGAGCUGUCUUGUGAACGCUGUGUCUAAUGAGACGUUGUGCAAUAAAGAUACUGUCAACUCA